AUGAAGAAUGAGAAGAGUGUUGGACCUAACAACAUACCAGCAGAAGUUUGGAAACACCUAGGAAAUACAGGAGUGGAGUUACUGACGAAAUGGAUUAAUGACAUCUUAAACACUGGUACUAUGCCGGAGGAAUUGAGAACCAGCACACUAAUCCCCAUCUUUAAGAACAAAGGGGACAUUCAGGAAUGCGGGAACUAUAGAGAAAAAGCCUACGAUAGAGUCCCUAGAGAAGAAGUGUGGAAUUGCUUAAGACUAAAAGGAGUCCCAGAGAGCUACGUAAGAUUAGUUCAGGAUAUGUACCGUAAUAUAUCAACAGAAGUUAGAUGUCAGGCAGGGAAAAGCGAGAAUUUUGAGCUAAAAGUAGGAGUACAUCAGGGUUCAGCACUCAGUCCAUUAUUGUUUGCAGUUGUCACGGAUUGUCUGACAGAGGAAGUACGAAGGUCAUCACCAUGGGAUAUCAUGUAUGCUGAUGAUGUGGUCACAUGCACCAAUAAUAGAGAGACAUGCGAAGAGAAACUAGUGCAAUGGACUCGAGCCUUAGAGAGACGUGGUAUGAAAGUAAGCAGAACGAAGAAGGAAAACCUUAAUGCUGGUAAUGGGACGCAGAGAGUUGGAAGUAUCAGCUUAGGAGGUGAAAGGGUACAACGAGUAGCGGAAUUUAAAUACCUAGGUUCAACAAUACAAGAAGAUGGUGGAUCAGAAGCAGAAGUGUCGAAGAGGAUACAGGCAGGCUGGAACAGCUGGCGAAACGUUGCAGGGGUUCUUUGUGACCGAAGAAUUAGUACAAAAGUGAAGGGCGGGAUUCACAGAACUAUUGUAAGACCUGCAAUCAUGUAUGGCCUGGAAGCUACAGUACUCACUAAAGCCCAAGAACGAAAGUUGGAAGUAGCUGAAAUGCGAAUGCUGAGAUGGUCGUUAGGCCUGAGACGAGGAGAGAGAGUAAGGAACGAGUGUAUCAGGGAAAGGUUAAGAGUACCAAGGUUGCAAGAUAAACUACGUGAGGGACGGUUGAGGUGGUAUGGAUAUGUACGAAGGAGAGGCGAAGAGUAUGUGGGUAGAAGAGUGGAAAGUAUGAAGAUCGGAAGAAGGAGACAAGGAAGACCGAGACGGAGGAUGUAUGACUGCUACCGCGAGGACAUGUGGGGAAGUCGGAGUCCGCGAGCGUGA